UAUAUAGUAAUCAUAAGAUUACAUACGUGAAUUCUUACAAGAAAAUGCAUAGGAUUUUCUUCUACAUCUACUUAUGUGCCACCAUUUUCGUAUAUGUGAGUGCACUGACAUGUGAAAUGUGUGGAACGUUCGAGUGUCAUAACAAAAGUGAUGAUGAAUGUCCUUCUGGCCUUGUGACUGAUAUCUGCGAUUGCUGUCUCGUUUGUGGAAAAAGUGAAAAUGAAACUUGUGGAGGAAUUUGGAAUGUAUUAGGGAAAUGUGGAGAAGGACUUUAUUGCAAAAAAGAGAACGAAAUUCCAUACAGUCCUGGAAUCUGUAUAAGAAACUAAUUGUUAAAGUAUGUAAAAUAAUUGUUUUAACACCAAUAUUUAUUAAAAUUUUCUUGCAAAAUAUAAAAAAAUUUGUGAUGUGU